AUGUUUAAAAAUUAAAAAAUAGAAAAAUAAAGAAGAUCAAAAGAAAGAUUUAUAUAUGAAGCUUGUAAUCUAGUUUAAUAAUGGAGAGAUCUCUUUAAAAAUGGUUAUACUGAUUAUGCAGGAAAUUUUAUUAAACCUACAUUAAAAGAAGCUGCAAAUCUUAUAGGAUGUUCAAAAAAAACAUUAGAAGAUUAUUAUAGUAUUAUUAGAAAAGCUUCAUAAAUAACUGAUAUAAAUUAAUGUUUAUAAAAGAAAAUGGGUUAUUUGAGAUCACUUUUAAAAUAAAAAGAAGAAAAUUUAAAUGUAGCUGCACCUGUUAUUGAAGAAAUAGAAGAGAGAAAUCCUUCAAAUGAUAGUUGGAAUAAUUUGAUAAUUGAAGCUAAUGAUGAAAAUUAAGAGGAUUCUAAUUUAAAUACUGAUAGAUUUAUAAUUGAAACUCAAAUUGAAUGUGAAGGAUCACCUAUUUUAUAUGAAAGAGAAUAAUUUGAUUAUGAAUACAAUCAUACAGAAAUUAAUUCAAAUCAAUAUUGGAAAGAAGUAUAAAUUGAAGAUGAUGAAAAUGAUAUGUCAAUAGCAAAUUAAGAUUAAAUAUUCUUUGAUUUUUGA